UAAGAAUAAUCAAUGAUAAAUCUGUUUAAAGGAUUUUAGAACUUUCUAAACAUAAUCGGAUUUUAUUUAAAAACAUAAGAAAUGUUGUUUAUUGGGAGUAUUGUCUAACAAAAUAGGCCUAUAAUAAAUAUAUUUGUUAUUGGCCCAUAAUAAAGAUCGGGAAUAAGACCCAUUAUUUCUUAAAGGGUAUGAAAAGCUUCAGCUCGGUGGCCAUUCUUGUUUUUGUUUCGCUUUUUGCGGUGACGGUGGCGCUGCAUUUGGCGCUUGGCUGCGUUGACUUCGCGCCUCCAAAAUCCAGCGAACCACCGACUCCAGCCGGCGGACCACCGAAGGCAAAGUAGACGGGCGACCGCACGGCAAGACAACAACAAGCCACGAGUGGGUAUGGCGUACCGCUCACCAUUCGCUGCGCCGCAUGUGUUUUGGGCCACUGCGAUUAUUAUUGGGGCUGCCGAUGCUCUUCGGCUUGGCUGGCUUGGCUGGCUUCGUGCAUCCACUCAUUCGGCGGAUCGGCGCAGAGUGGCCUGGCUUUCGAUGGGAACUAUAAAAGUGCGCGCAGGCGCUGCAGCUGGCAUCAUUAAACCGUUAACCGUCGAACAGUCUACAGCCUAGAGAGGUACGGAGCGUGUGGACUAGUGAUCAAUAGACACCCCUUGACCAAAAACGGGAUCAGUUCUCGCCCAGUUCUCGAACCGCGUGCCACACGACCCGGGAAAGCGGAUUUCCAUUCCCGACCAUCGAAGGAUAAACGCAGCAGCAUGAAGUUGAUGCGCACAGCGACAUCGCUGGCUUUGGUCUUGCUCCUGGCCACCAGCUACGUCCGGGCCGAGGACGAGAAGGCAGCCGCUCCCGCCGAGGAGAAGAAGGCUGAGCCGGAGGCCAAGGCUGCCGAGGCGGCGGCCAGCGAGGACACCACCAAGUCGAAGCGAGGACUGCACCACUACGAGGACUACCACCACCACCACGUGCCCCACUUCCCGGUGCACGAGGAGAAGACGCUGACGGUGAUCAAGAAGGUGCCCGUGCCCGUGCCCAUCGAGAAGAUCGUGCACGUGCCGGUGGAGAAGCACGUCCACGUGCCCGUUAAGGUCAAGGUGCCCAAGCCCUACCCCGUGAUCAAGCACAUUCCCUACGAGGUCAAGGAGAUCGUGAAGGUUCCCUACGAGGUGCCAGCUCCCUAUCCCGUUGAGAAGCAGGUCCAUGUGCCCGUCCACGUGCACUACGAUCGCCCCGUGCCCGUCAAGGUUCAUGUGCCCGCUCCUUACCCAGUGGAAAAGAAGGUCCACGUGCCCGUGAAGGUGCAUGUGCCCGCUCCCUAUCCCGUCGAGAAGAUCGUCCACUACAAUGUGGAGAAGCACGUGCACGUGGACAAGCCCUAUCCCGUCGAGAAGGUGGUCCACUACCCCGUGAAGGUGCCCGUCGACAAGCCAGUGCCCCACUACAUCGACAAACCCGUUCCCCACUAUGUGGACAAGCCAGUGCCCGUGCCCGUGAUCAAGAAGGUGCCAGUGCCCGUCCAUGUGCCCUAUGACCGCCCCGUGCCCGUCCACGUGGAGAAGCCAGUGCCCUAUGAGGUCAAGGUGCACGUGCCCGCCCCCUACCCGGUGAUCAAGGAAGUGCCCGUGAAGGUCGAGAAACACGUUCCGUACCCGGUCAAGAUCCCCGUGGAGAAGCCCGUCCAUGUCCACAUCGAGAAGCACGUGCCCGAGUACCACGAGAAGCAUGUCACCUACAAGGAGCCCGAGUUCCACCACAAGCACAUCGAGGAGGACCACCACCACGCGCCCAUCCAUCACCACUCGCACCCCAUCGUGGAGCAUGAGCACGAGGUGGAGCAUGAAUUUGCCUCUCAUGAUUAUCAUUCAUAUCACGGCUACUAAACUGGUGAAUCGCACUCUUCUCUCUUUCUCUCCUCUUCUUUCGCCUUUCUUUGCAGCAUUGAGAAUGAACUGGGAUGGCAAGCUAACCUCUUCCAUUUCCACAAUUUCCCAAAUCGAAACGCAAAAAAAGAAAAUCAAGAAAAAUAACCCAUAGCCCGCCACACACCACUCCAUUCCAUAUCAUACCACUUUCCCCCACAACGUGAUAACCGACAGAGAUUCAGAGAAACCAGACGCGUAGCCGACGAACUUAGCUUUUAGACCGAACUCUCUUCUAGCCGUAAGCCAUAACAUAGAGCCGAAAAACAAAACCCAAAAGGAUACCUUGAAACGUUGACGAAACCCGUGAGCCCUGUGAACGAGUGGAUUGUAAAGGAACUUAGGAUUAAGACUUCCAAGCGACACAUUUGGGCCGCACAGCCCACACAACAACAAGAACAUCAAGACCAUCAAGAACAAGAACACCAACCCACUUCCCGCCCCUCCAAGACACUCGAUCGACCACAGACAGUUGCCAGAAUCCGGGAUUGCAGGAUACCAGGCCUAUUGUACUGCUGCGCCGAGAUGGACUCUUGGAUGGACGGAAGCGACACCACCUGGGUGCAUCAUCGAUGUGGUUGCUGCUGCUGUUUUGUCCUCCAGCCGCGGCUCCUCCCUCUUCUGCUCUGGUCCACCCCGACUCGUGCACCCGUUCCGGUUCCCAAGUGAGAUGGAUCUCCACCCGAGGAUCGGGAUCGAUCCGUCCAGUUGUGUGCAGCGUCCCAGCGUUGUGAGCGUGUGAUAAGACUUCUGAUAGCGUUUAAGCUAGUGCGAUAUUCGAGAUAGGGAGACGCCUAUUUAAGUCAGUUUGUAGACGAACGUAAUGUAUUAGUUUUCGUAAUAUUCUCCGCUACCUAGUUGUAACACGUCUAUGUAAUACUGCUUGUUCGUAUAAGCAACCGAAACGGAUUUAUAAAAAGUACUUAAUUUACCAAAUAUUCUUGACUCUGUAUAAAACAAACAAAAAUCUCAUACAACAUGAAGCUGAUGAAUGAUACACAAUUAAAUAAAUGAAAACCAAGUGAUCAAAACGAAAA